AUGCCAAGUUUCUGGACUCGCCAGCCCGGCACAGCUGUGUAUACAGCUUUCUUUGUUGUAUCCACGUUGCUCCGAUUGCCCUGGCUGUUAACGCUCUAUCUUUUCCCAUCAAUGCGUCCAAACUCUUCUUGGACGUUUCGUCAAUCGCUGUGCCGCACACUGUUCGUAUACUUCGGGAAAUACGUGGCAACGAUUGAGCUCAAACCGCCACCCCUCCUCAAGGUUGGAAACGAGAAGGGUCAGUUUGUUAUUACGCAGCCUGCUAGGAGCGAAGUUUAUCGUGGUAUUCUGCUCUGCGACCCCCUGAUCAGUCCGGGCGAUGUUGGUGCCAUCUGGCACACUAAGCCCAUCACACAUCCAGGGCAGCACCAACGAGGACAACGCGUCUUCUUCCAUGUUCACGGGGGCGCUUACGUCCUAGGAGAUGGCCGUGAUCCGGGCAUCAAAUUUAUGAGCUCACUACUGUCACAAUCGAGCCCAGGUUGCGCCAUCUUCUGUCCAGAAUACCGACUUUCAUCCGCGCCAGGCGGCAGGUUCCCCGCCGCUUUCCAGGACACGGUUACAGCGUACUCGUAUCUCGUCCAUGAGUUGCAGAUCCCUCCUCAGGAUAUAGUUCUGUCGGGUGACUCGGCUGGUGCCCACCUCACGAUUGCGCUGUUACGCUACGCCAACGCCAAUCUGGACAUACUGCCAGAGCCUGCGGCCCUGCUCCUCUGGAGUCCAUGGCCCGACAUGGUGAUCGAGGUCGACGUCGCCGACGAGCGCCCCGCCACUCAUGUAGACCAUGUAGCGCCGGAACUCAUUGCGUGGACGUAUCGCGAGUUUUUGCCGCGCUCUGAGACGGGAGUCGCUCGUAGCGAUCCAUAUAUUUCGCCCGUCACCGCCUCAAUUCCCACCGAGGUUCCGAUUUGGGUUCAAUGGGGCAGUGCUGAAAUCCUGAAGCCGGAGAUCACGAACUUCGUGAAUGUGCAGAAAUCAUUUCAGCCUCAGCAUAAAGAUGGGGUCAAAUUCCGCGUUGGGACGUACGAGGUCGCAAAUGCACCCCAUGACAUCCUCACUCUGGCGCCAAUGAUUGGGUGGAAAGCGGAAGCGGCCAAGGCAGUUGAACACGCAAUCCAGUUUUUGGAUGAUUACCUGCUAUAA